GGACAGCGGAAGUUUUGUCGUGAAGGCCGUCGGGCGAAAGCAUGUUAUAUGUUGCAGCACUUCAUAACCACUAUUGGGAUUGAAUUUUCUGACCUCUCAAGGAACACUUUAGCGUCACUUUUUCAUAAGAUCACUAGAAAUAGUCUUCUUAUCGUUACUCUACAACUCAUAGUGAAGGGCGAUGGCAGAAGUAGUAGAACGCAAUUUGGAAGAUUCCGUUGGCGAGAUUCUGUAUAUUCGAAAGGCGAAACUAUUUAACAGAUUGGAGACCAAUGAAAUAGUUCGUAAACGAAGACACCAUGAAUACAGCCUUCAGAAGCGUAACAAACGGAUUUUAGACUAUGACGCCUACAUUAGCACUGAAAUAACGAUAAUGAAAUUGUUACGCUUUCGUCGCCAGAUUACAAACGAUAGCAGAUAUCUCGACAAGAUUGAGAAGUCAAUUAUUAGUCGUCUAGUACGCUUGCAUCGGCAAUUGUGUUACAGGUUCCAGUCUCAUCUUGACCUUUGGAUGAGAUUUAUUCAUUUUUGUAAAAUUAUUAACCGGCAUUUGUCUGUUGUACGUAUAUGGAAUAAUGUACUUCAGAUACAUGGUCGCACAGAACCAAGGCUUUGGAUUGCUGCAGCCGCAUACCAUUUACAUCAUGGUGUUAGAUCGAAAGCUCGUGAAAAUCUACGACAUUUUGACAGACAAAAAAGUGAUUUGGUAAAGGCGCGGAAAAGAUUACUGAGUGAAUAUAUGAUAUUGGAUCGUCACGCAUCAGAAGCACAGAAGAAAGAAAUAAACGAGCUUAUGAAAGAGUUAAAAGAAAAUCAAGCUUCCUUAGAUAAAGCAGCUAAAGAAAUGGUCAGAGAACGUCGUCUUACUUGGGACAGAGCUCAUCUGAAUGCCAUUCGGGAAGCUCGUCAUUUGAUAACUGAAGGAAUCUCUCUAAAUCCUGAGUGUGAUCUAUUACAUUUGGAAUUAGCCAAGUUAGAGAUCAAUGCUUUUGAUUUUUUCCGCACUCGUGUCCUCCCACGAUAUGAAAACUGUGGUGUUGAUUCGGCCAACACAUCUGCAGAUAUCAACCUGAAUGGAUGUAAUAAAAAGAAGAAACUAAAAACAUUAGAAAGAGAGGCAGCGGAAAACAAAAAAUUCAUGAAUUUAGUAACUGAAAAUGCAGAAUUUAUUGCUAACGGAGGAGCUGUCAAUUUAGUGAUAGAAUCGCUACUAUCUCGUUGGGUUAAUAAUAGUAAAAUGCUUGAACUACUUCAUCAAAUCUUGUUAACUGUUCCACAAAUAAUCGACUCACAUUUAAUUGAGAAAGUGGCUAACUUUGUAAACAAUGCCAAGGAAGUAGAUAUUUCUAAGUCUUUGGAAAAAAUUGAGGCCCCAUUAGAAUGUAGAACUCAUGGAAUUCGAUCAACACUUUCUGAUCAGUUGGUCGAAAUUCACCAAACCAUGCUGGAUAAAGGUGUGGAAGCUGUUAUACACUUAUGGAAUUCCUGGUAUUUACCUUCGACGGGUCAUUCUUUACAAACCUCGCCUUUCAGAUUAAUCAAUCCGUCAUCUCCUGAAGCUGUUGGUUUACUACGAUCUCGUUUAACUGCACUUUCUCUUUACUCUGUGUAUGAAUUAAACGGUCAGUCAUUGCCAAAAUCAACUAUAACAUCAAACGAAAUGGGCACAAAUGAACAGGAAACUAAAUUACACAAUGUUUAUCACCAGAAACGCCAAUUUUUGUCCUCUGAAGUUAAUAAAACUCGAGGCUUGUUUGAUUUACUGAGUACUUCACAGUGGGGUAGUCACUGUCCAGAAUUCUGGUUAUUAUAUUUACACUUUGAAAAGACAAUUGGAGAUAUCACACAAAUGCCAGCUGUGCAAUGGAGAGCUCAAAAGACUCUGCUCACUGAAUACUUUGAUAAAUUCAUAUUAAUGUUAAAUAAAGAACAAUAAUAAACAUUGCUGACAUGAUAUGUAUCACAUAUAUUUUGUUUAAUAAUUAAAAUAUAUUUAAGGAAGCCUUUUGUAAUUUAACUUAUGUAUUUAUAUUUGUAAAGAAUUUUAAUUUUGUUGGACUAUAGAUUGGUUUGUUUAACUUUGCCUAUAUUAUUCCUUUCGAAAGUGUUUUGUGAUCUUUCGAUAAGUGAUUAGUUCACAAAUACGUAAGUAACGACACUAGAGAUUGUCUUGGAUGAGAAGGUGGCAUCAAUAAUUUUACAGUUCUUUAAUUAUACAGAAACGUUUGGUUUAUUAUAGGACUGACGGUUAAAUGAUUGAAGCAUUUAGCUUUCAAGUGUAAGGUUCAAAUACCACCAUGUUUACUUCGAUUUCGAGUACAUAAACCAUUUAAUUGAUAAAUAGUUUGCGUUAAAUUUUAAUUAGAAUUGUAGCCUUCGUACAUUCUGCAAACUAAAUUUACGAGUUUCUCAAGAAUCAUUUAUGUAAGUUAUCCAAGCUUAAUCAUUACAUUUUAUUGAGAAUGAUUAUUAAAUAAUCACAUGCUUAACUAGUAGAAUGCGAAUAAACGCCUACGAUUAUCAUAUUCGAAUGUGUAUGACCCAUUCGUACUAUUCAGAUCGAUGAUUACUAUUCUCUAAGCCUGAAUAUCCUGCUUCAUAGUGCAUAAUAUUAAUGUCCCUGGAAAAUUUGAAUAUCCGAUAGUUCAUCUUUGAGUUCAGUACAUAAUUACGCCUGUUACUCCUAAUGGAGCAUAGGCUGCCGACCAGCAUUCUACAUCCCACUCUGUCCUGGGCCUUCCUUUCUAGUUCGAUCCAAUUGUUGUUCAUUCUUCUCAUGUCUGUCUCCAUUUCUCGGCGUAAUGUGUUCUUUGGUCUUCCACUUUUCCUUCGACCUUGAGGACUCCAAUUGAGGGCUUGACUUGUGACGCAGUUGGGUGCUUUCCUCAAUGUGUGUCCUAUCCACUUCCAGCUCUUCUUCCUGAUGUCUUCGUCUGCUGAAAUCUGGUUUGUUCUCUCCCACAGUAGGUUGUUGCUGAUAGCGUCUGGCCAACGGACCCGAAGUAUUUCGCGUAGACAACUGUUAAUAAACACUUGUAUCUUUUGGAUGAUGGCUUUCGUAGUUCUCCAAGUUUCCGCCCCAUACAGUAGAACUGUCUUGACAUUUGUAUUGAAAAUCCCGACCUUGGUGUUGGUUGGAAGACAGUUGUUUUGAGUUCCAGAUGUUCUUCAGUUGUAAAUAUGCUGCUCUUGCUUUGCCGAUCCGCGUCUUCACAUCUUCAUCGGAUCCGCUGUGUUUAUCUAUGAUACUGCCCAGAUAUGUAAAGGAUUUUACAUCAUUCAAAGCUUCUCCAUCAAGUGUGAUUCGAUUGGUGCAUGCUGUGUUGUAUCGGACAAUCUUGCUUUUCUCUUUGUGUAUGUUGAGACCUAUUGCUGCUGCUACCCUGGUCGUCUUCUCCUGCAUUUGUUGUUGCAUGUGCGAUAGGA